AUGAUAGAUAUGGUACAUGUUAAAGAAAAGAAAAACGAUGAAAGUAAAUAUACGAAGUGUGAUGAGAAUAUAAAAUUGAAUGUAGAUUUACAAAGUGAGAUCACUAAUGAGAAUACUUCAAUAAAUCGACUGAUUUCAUCUGACACACAACCACUUGCAAACAUAUCGACAAAGAACAAUAGUCCCCAGGACACUGGUAGCCAACCAGACACACAGGAAGAGCAUAAUGAUAAUUCGAGAUCAUAUAUGGAUGCAAAUGCUUCUCUCAAUUCUACUAUUAUAACCCAGGACAUAAUUGAUAAUAAUGAAAGAAACACCGUAACACAGACUAUUACAUGUGAUGUAAGGAGAGAAUAUUCGGAAAACCACGACAAGAAAAACGUGAAGAAGGAAACAAUUGAAACUCAAGACGACAAUCUGUCAGAUGAAGAGGCAGUACGAAAAGGGCUAGAUUCAAAAAUAUUCGAGAAUAUGCCGCUAUUUGAAGUUACUAGACCAAAAAUCUUAAACGAAGUUGUUGGUCAAACUCAUUUAAUCAAUAAUCAUAAUGGGUCGAUUAAAAAUUUUAUACGAUUGGGAUAUUUACCGUCCAUGAUAUUGCAUGGUCCACCAGGUGUUGGUAAAACUUCCAUCGCCUCGAUUUUGGCUCAGGAAACAGGUUACGUAUUCAUUGAAUUUUCAGCAACCGAUGCUACUGUGAGUGAUUUAAAGGAAUUACUGACUACAAUUGAGAAGGAAAAUCGAAAGAGGUCAAUGAAAGAAAUGGACUAUCUCCGGGUUGUUGUAUUUAUUGACGAGAUCCAUCGAUUUACUAAAACUCAGCAAGAUUUCCUAUUACCGUUUAUUGAACUGGGUGUAUUUACUUUUAUUGGCGCAACAACCUUAAAUCCUGAGGUACGUAUUCGUAGAGCUAUCAUUUCUCGUUGCCAAAUAUUUCAGUUGAAAGCUUUAGAGCCCAAUGAGAUCGACAUGGUGAUUCGAAAGGCCAUAUUGUACGAAAAUAUUAGAAGAAGAGUUUUGUGGAAUCUACGGUCUCUUUCAUAUGACGAUAAUUGUUUAAAUUUAUUAGUGAGACGAUCUAAUGGUGAUACAAGAGCCGCUGUUAAUUUAGUCGAAUUGGUAAGUACUCAUUAUAAUAUAAAGGAUCUAAAAUACCAAGUUGGAAACCAUGAACUGUUUCUAUUAGACUUGAAUACCUUGAAAAGAGCAAUUGAAAGCCUCAAGAUAAAUCUUUCGGGUCUUCAGGACACCAAAAAUUUAAACUUGUUUCUUGAUUUAUACGAUUCAAUGAGACACAUUAAGAAGAAUCGAACUACAGGAUCAAAUUUUCAAAGAGCAUGCCAUAAUACAGAUCCAGUAGGAGCUCGGUUAUCUAAUGAUAUCUUUUCUUCUCCGAACACUGUAUCUGAAAAACUGUCGGUCUAUAAAAUGGAAGUUGAAAAGUAUGGUAUAGGAAAAUCUAAACUCUCAAGUGAUGAAAGCGAAACUAAAUUUAAUGCAAAUAAUAUGGCUAAUGCACUGAUUUGCAAGUCAGAAAAAAACUCAAUAAUAAUGAAAAUUACAAUUCCUAGUGAACGACUUAAAUGUCUGGUGGAAGUGGAUGAUAAACCAUUAAACCUGGAUAGCUGUAGUGAUUACAAUGAAGAAUCUAAAGGGUUUCAAUUUGAUAGAGAGGGAUAUAAUGAUUUGGAAAAAUCAUAUAUUGCUCAAAUGGAAGUAUCUGAUGAUAGUGAUGUAGAGGCUGGCCCUCUAUAUUUUGAUAGAGAGGAGGAUCUACAACCAAUAGAUAUGCAAAAGAUAUCGGUAACUAAAUAUUUUGCUGUAUCUUCAAUAUAUUCUUUGAUAAUGCUUUUGAAUAGAGGAGAAACGCCAUUUUUUAUUGGGAAACAACUAAUUUUAUUCACCGCUAUAUACUUGAAAUCUGAUAACUCAGAUUUGGGUAAAACAAUGGCACUGUUGAAAUCAUUCAAAAACUCCAAUACGGAUAUGUUGACCACUUUAUCAAAUUGUGUUCUUCGACUCACCAGGGCUGAGAAAUUGAGCAGUUUAGAAUCCAGUAAUUUCCUCCUGAACUUGAAAUAUAUAAAGCAAUACUGCUACUUUGAGCUACAAGAACAUGGUAAUAAGAAUACUAAUCAUAUCGGUGCUAACAAUGAUGAAUCAGUAGAAAUUGUAUAUGAUUCAAACCUAGUUGAAGACCUAUUAAAACCGGUUGACGAAACAUCUUUCAAAACUUCUAAACCCAUAUUUGAAAUAGAGAGUCUAGAUGCUUUUAGAAAUUCAAACAAAGAACAGUGUAUGCACAUACCACACGAUAUUGAUGAUAAAGAUGAUGGGUCAGAACAUUCAUAUUCGACUGUAAUCGAUAUUGUGGCAGAUUCACCACCUAAAUUGAAUACAGAUGAAUCAAAAACAAGCGCUUGUCUGGCAUCUCAAAAAUGCCAACAGGAUUCUAAUUCGGAUGAUAGUGAUGCUAAUGAAACUAAUCUUUCACUAAUCAAGAACCCUGAAACACAACUGGAAUAA